AUUCUGAUAAAAGCUACAAUGCUGUUCAUCUGUAGGCAAAUGUUACUUAUUUUUUACUCAAUGUGUAAAAGCUUUAUUGAGCCAAUACGACAUCCUCCUAUCUGAUACAUUUUGUACCCAAAUAUCUUCUUGGCUUGCAAAGAUGAAAUUUUCUUGUUACACACCAUCAACUCUUUUAAUAAGCUCACAUGCAUCAUUUCCUCUAAAGUCAUUAAUAUCCAACUACGUUCCAGCUCCAAAAUUCCAAAGCUCUGGUGAGUCCAUGUGGCCAUUCUCAUAUCUGAUGCAUUUUCUACACUAGUAAACAUUAUUCUACGUCACAUCCUCCUACAAGUAACAACCGUUGGUGGGUAUUUUAAUAAAUAUAAACUCCUUUUUCCAACUAUAAGCACCUCAUAUUGGUUUUGACAUAAAUUAUUUUUAUAAAGUAUCUAAAUACCAAAAGCACCCUCCAUCUCCAUAGCUUCUUGAACCCCAACUUGGCAAGUUGGCCUAUAAAAGGCCAAUCGACUCUCCAUCUCCAUCUCCAUCUCCAUCUCCAUAGAGAGCAAUGGAUUUCCAGUAUCAACCCUUUCCAUUGCCAUACAUCCUCACCUCUCCUCACCUCUUCUCCUCCCCAAUCAUCCCAGAAAACUAUGUUCACUAUACCCAAACUCCAGAGUCUCACAUUUACUCUGCUGACCUACCAGGUGUGAGAAAAGAGGAGAUAAAGGUUGAGGUUGAGGACUCAAGGUACCUGAUAAUCCGAACGGAGGCCAUAGAUGAAUCAUCACAGCCUGCUAAGAGCUUCCUGAGAAAGUUUCGGCUUCCGGGUAGGAUCGAUAUCAAUGGAAUAUCAGCUGGGUAUGAAGAUGGAGUGUUGACAGUGACUGUACCAAUAAUAUCUUUGAGGAAGGGGUUCUAUAUUGACCCUGCAGAUAUCCCAGAAAGCCUGGAAGUUAUUGCUAGAGCUGCUUGAAUAUUAACAUGAUUAGUCAUUUUAGGUACUAAAGAUUAAAAGAUUUGGUAGUUUGUGGCAUUGUAAUCAUUGGUGGGGUGUGCUAGAUUUGGACUCUUCUUAUUAGUCUGCUUGGUGAAAGUAUUUGUUGAAUGUAUUGAAUUCAAGGCCAUUAUUAUGGAAGGUCAUUUGCUUUAUUUGUGGAUAUUAAGUUCAGUUCUUUAUGAACGGAAAGUUCAAUUUCA